GGGACCUUUAAGUGUAAUAAUAAUAAUCAUUAAUUGUCUCGUGAUGUGAUGAUCAACUAAAUGUGAAUUAGAGAUCGACUCAACAGCAUUUAGCUGUCUCACUUAAGUUUAUGAUUGUCUAUUACAAGCUCGCCUACGUUAUGAUUGUCAGCUUCCAGUAAGGUUGAGCUGUAUCUCGACAUCCCAACAAUGCUUUGACGGCAGCCUGGUAAGAAUAGCUCUCUCCACAGGUCCUGGCCUCCGCAGACAACAGAGUAGCAGUAAGGAGACGUUAGAGGUGAGACUGUAUUUAGUGGCAAGCUGUAGUAGUUCUGGAGCAGAGUUGAAGGGGACAGCAGCUCGUCUGAACGUCUCCCUGAUUCGUCUUCAAGGAGCUUUUCUUAAGAAUUUCGGCUUGUUUUCUUAUGGGAUCAGGGUUAGCACUGAACAAUGAGGAUGAUGGGAGCCAGAGAUCUACUCUUCAUCACUAUCAGUCACAAUGUCUCCUUCAUGGGCAAAACGUGGUGGAUGCUGAUGCUGGUUGUACGCAUGCUGGUCCUCCUGUUGGCCGGCUUCACCCUCUUCGGUGACGAGCAGGAGAGAUUCAUCUGCAACACCAUCCAGCCGGGCUGCUCUAACGUGUGUUUUGACGUAUUUGUUCCCGUAUCCGUCCUCCGUCUCUGGCUCUUCCACCUCAUUCUUCUCUGUCUUCCCCACGUGCUGUUUGCAACCUACGUCAUGCACAAAGUGUUGUCAUAUCCCUAUUUCGGAGGUUUCUACUGCGACAGGACUCCACUUCACGAUGUCCAUCGUGAACGGGGAGCGCCGCGCUUCUACUGCGCUUACUUCCUGGUUGUAAUUCUGCGGAUCAUUCUGGAGGUGGCUUUCGGUGCAGGUCAGUUUUUUCUCUUUGGAUUGUCCAUGCCUAAGAGAUUCCUCUGCUACGAGGCUCCCUGCACAUCCGGGGUCGAGUGCUACAUCUCCAGACCGACUGAGAAGAGCUUAAUGCUCAACUUCAUGCUGGGUGUCGCAUCCUUGUCCGUUCUACUAAGUUUGCUCGACCUGGUGAGCUCCAUGAAGGCGAUGGUGAGAUGGAGGAGGAAAAGGGUGUUGAUGGAGGAGAUGAGUAAAGGAGAGCAAAGCAGCAUGCAUACAACGACAACUAUGACUGAAGACAGCGACGCUCUUUUGACCAGAAGAAUCAGCCCGAGUGAAAGCUCAAAGAACAGUCUCAAGGAUGAAAAGCACGCUGCAGUCGGGCAAGACGGUGAACCUCUUCACACAAGAGUGAAUGAUGGAACCACUAAUGACACCAGGCCAGAAAGCAAAGAUGCUAAGGUGGAGAUGUCUCGGUCGCCCACUCCCAUCAGCGCUCCGGUGCCGACUCACUUUGUCUUCCACAGCCACCUGAGACCUCCAGUGUCCCCUCGCCCUGACAGAGGACCACACCCCAGGAUGCCAACACCUGUCAAAAAGCUGGACCAGUACACUCCAGUUGGGGCAAACUCAGGCCAACAGUCUGAUAGCAGUGAAUCUCCAGACAAGAGGGCUUGGGUGUAGUUGACUGAGUGGAUAUUCAUCACUGUCAUUAGACAAAGACUGCUGUAUAUCUCCCUUUAAAGGGCCCAGAUAUUUUGGAUGUAACUAUUAUUUUAAGCAUGAAUUAAUUCAGAGUUGUUGUAAUAUAACAGAUGAUCUAUGUAUGAUGUGAAA